GCUCGGGUGGCCUGCUACCAUGAUGAAAUUAAAGUUUCUCUCCCUGCUGUUUGGACACCAUUGCAUCACCUUCUAUUCACUUUCUUCCAUGUUGAUCUUCAAAUGAAACUAGAAGCUCCAAAACCAAUGAGUUCAACGAUAUCUUUUUUCUUUUCCUUCCAUUUGAAAUAAUACAAAAUCAUCUGAACCUCAUCUUAGUGGUUGUAUACUCGUUGGUUAGUGGUUUGGCCUGUUUCGCACUCCUCUCAUCUUUUAUUGCAAUCCUAAGUAGUUCUGUUCUUUUACUUGGCAGGUAGUAAUUGGAUAUGCAGCACUUCCAUUAUCCACCCAUGCACAGUAUGCAACUGCCUUUAUGAGAGGCUGGAUUAUUUGGAAGAUGGAAAAACUAUUUUUAAAUUGCGAUUAAGGCUUUGCUCAUCUUUUUACCCAAUUAACGAGCGCAUACGGGAUUUUUUUCUUGAAUAUGAUGGACACACUCUCCGAACAAGCCCUCCCUGGGGUUCUGAACUGUUGGAGGAUAUCAUGAAUACUAGUGGUUCUGGCAAUGGCACAGGAGACUCUAUUGGAUCCACUCCUUCUAAAACAGAUGAUCCUGCUUGGGCUCAUUGUUUGAUUGUCCCAGGCAGAAGGAAUCAGACUAAAUGCUUAUAUUGUGAUAAGCUCAUAUUAGGGGGUGGAAUUACUAGAUUGAAAGAGCAUCUUGCCAGAAUCAAAGGCAAUGUCGGUGCUUGCAAAAAAGUUUCAGCAGAUGUGAAGUGGCAAAUGCAACAGUUGUUAAGUGAGAUAAGGAAAGGGAAAGAAAAGAGACAGAGACUUGGGGAUAUGGUUGGGAGUCAAUGUGAUUCACAAAUAUUUGUUGAUGAAGAUGAUGAAAUUGAAGAAAGCCAUCGAUCUCAAUCACAUGUAGCACAACAGAAAAAAAAUAUUAAUUCAUAUUUCGUACCAAGGACAACUCAUGGAGCCCAGAAAACCAUAAAAAAUGCUUUGCAAUCAAGAGAAAAACAAGAAGCUGCUAGGAUGGCUAUUGCUAGAUGGUGGUAUGAUGCUAAUGUGCCUUUCCAUGCUACACAUUCAAAAUACUACUUGCCAAUGUGGGAUGCUGUCACAUCUAUGGGACCUGGUUUCAAGGGACCGAGUUACCAUGAUUUGAGAGGAAGCAUGUUUUUGAAGUCUGUUGACACUUCUGGUUUGACAAAAGAUGCUGAUACAUUGGAGAGGAUGUUUGAUGAAGUGGUGAAAGAAGUGGGAGUGGAAAAUGUGGUACAAUUUAUAACAGACAAUGAUGCUUCAUUCAAAGCUGCUGGGAAAAGGUUGGAAGCAAAGCACAGCACAUUUUUUUGGUCUCCUUGUGCUGCCCAUUGUAUUGACUUGAUGUUAGAAAAUUUUUCUGAUGCAAGAUACUUUCCUAUAGUUGAUACUACUAUAGGAAAGGCAAGAAAAAUCACAAAGUUCAUAUAUAAUCAUUCAUGGGUGCUAGCAUUGAUGAGGAGGGACUACACAAAUGGGAGAGAUUUGUGUCGUCCUGCUGUUACAAGAUUUGCUACCCAUUUUUUGAGCAUCCAAUGUUUAUUGAAAUUCAAGAAGGAGCUUAGGCAAAUGUUUACAAGUGAUGCAUGGGUUGGUUCUAGGUAUGCAAGAAGUAGUGUUGGGAAAGAAGUAUGUGAAAUUGUCUUGGAAGAUAGAGAAUUUUGGUCUAAUUGCAUAUUGAUUGUCAAAAUCAGUGAGCCUUUGGUGAGAGUGCUUCGACUUGUGGACAAUGAAGAGAAGCCGAGUAUGGGCUACUUGUAUGAGGCAAUAGAUAAGGCAAAGGAGACAAUAAAAAAGAAUUUUAAUAAUAGGUUGUCUCAAUACAUGCCUUACAUUAAGGUGAUUGAUGCUAGAUGGGAUAAGCAACUUUAUAGCCCAUUACAUUCAGCUGGAUGCUUUCUUAAUCCGGGUAUCUACUUUAGGCCUGGUUUUAACAAACAAACUGCUGUUACAAGAGGUUUGCUUAAUACCUUAACAACAUUGAUACCGGAUGAGGAGAAGCAAGAUCUCAUUAGUUCACAACUUGAGGAGUAUAAGAAAGUUACAGGAACCUUUGGCAUGAGUUUGGCUAUUCGUCAAAGGGAAAAGUUAAAUCCAGUUGCAUGGUGGGAUCAAUUUGGAACGGAUACACCAGAAUUGCAAAAGUUUGCAAUUCGAGUGCUUAGCCAAUGCACAAGUGCAACUGGAUGUGAAAGGAAUUGGAGUGCUUUUGACUUUGUUCAUUCUAAGAAGAGGAAUAGGCUAGAGCAUGAAAGGUUGAAUGCCCUUGUGUUUGUUCGUUAUAACUUGAAGCUUCGAGAAAGAAUUAUUUGUAGAAGCAAAGAAGCAAUGGAUCCUCUUAGUCUAGAAAAUAUUGAUAUAUUAGCUGAUUGGGUGGCUGAGGAACCAGCUCUUCUUGACAAAGAUGAUUGUGAUGUGGAUUGGGCAGCUAUUGAUGAGUCUUUGCCAAAUCAAAGUCUUGAUACUGAUAAUGUUGUUUAUGAUGAGGAAGAUAUCCCACAGAUUCCUGAAAAUGAAAAUGAAAAUGAACAACUUUGGGUUGGGAUUGAUGGAGUUACAGGUUAUGGAAUUCCUCCAAAUGAGGAUCCUCAUAAUUAUGUUCAAGAUAUUUAGUAAUGUUUUGAAAUUAAUUGUGUUGUUUAUU